UUCGAACAGAGCCAUUCGACGGAGGAUUUGCCAGGUGGUUAGAAUGGCCCACCGGCAGAAUGCCAGCAUGGCUCAUAAAGAAUGUAUCGGUACGAGACAACCUCUGCACUCCGCCGGGCGCCGAACCUGAGAACUCCAACAGUUCCUCUCUCUCGAUCUCGAUAACGUCCCUUCCCCGUUAAUUCUAACGGCGGAAAAUGCUCCGGAACCUCCGGAUACGUCGGCGGCCCCGUUACGGAGUUCAGGUCUGCGCCGUCAUCUCUGCGCUCCUCCUCCUCCUCCUCUCUGUCUCUCUCCUCUACAGCAGCCUCUCGCACUCCCAAUCUCACCCUUACCGCAACCACUUCUACACAAGAUCCCAAAACGACAUCGAUUCCACCCCCAUCCUCUCCGACUCCCAACACGAGGGCGUUUCGACCUCCGAGGACAAAAUCGACGAGCUUGACAUUGUCGAGGAAGAGCAACAACAGCAUGACGAAGCCGAAGAUGAAGAUGACAACGACCAAUCGGAUCAGUAUCGGGCUUCCGGAUACUUCUUCGACCAUCUCAGUGGGGCCAUCAGGAGGGCUAUUGGUAAGCGCUCGAUCGACCAGUGGGACGACGAUUGGUUAGGAAUCAUGAUAGGAUCGAGCAUGGAUGAUCGGAGUAAGGCCGCGAUUGGCUCCGACGACGUGCCGGUGGACGAGAUGGUGCGGCGGAAGGUGACCGAGUUGGUUUCGAUCGAGGACGCGCUGUUGGUGAAACUGACGGGUCGUGGGAGAGCCUCGCCCUUGAGGGAAGGGUGGGGGGAUUGGUUCGAUAAGAAGAGCGACUUCUUGAGGAGGGAUAAAAUGUUUAAGUCCAAUGUGGAGGCUUUGAACCCUUUGAAUAAUCCGAUGCUUCAAGAUCCAGAUGGUGUGGGUGUCACCACGCUGACGAGGGGCGAUCGGUUGGCCCAGAAAUGGUGGUUGAAUCAAUUCAGGAGACCCCCUUUUCUGGCCAAAAAGCCGUUGAGUGUUUCGGAGGUGAAUAGCAAAUUGAAACCCAAAGAAAACCACAUUGGUUUUGGUGUGGCAAGUAAGGAGAGUGAUAGCAGUUUCAAUGGUAGUGGUGGAGAUUUGAGACUAAGAACUGAGGUGAAGAGGGCGGAGCGUAGAACUUUAAUUGAAAAUGUAAAUGUAGAUAAUGGAUUGAAUGGUAGGAGAAUUAUCAAUACAGAGGAUGAGGUUUUGAAUUUAUCUGAUAGGAUUGACAGUAAGAGAACAGAGCAUAGGACCUCAGUGCAGGAUGUAGGUAAUGGAUUGACUAGUUAUACAAUUAUUGGUUCUAGCAAUAGAGAUUUGAGUUCAUCCAAGAAGAUUGACAGGUUGAAUGGUGAAUUAGGUCAUAAUGGUGGUGGUUUAGAUGAUGUGGAUGAUGAUCUGGUUGGAGGUAAGACUGAGUUUUCGGGUCAUAUAUAUGCAGAUGGGAGGAGAUGGGGUUACUAUCCUGGCUUACAUCCACGACUGUCGUUUUCGGAUUUUAUAGAUGCGUUUUUUAGGAAGGAGAAGUGUGAUAUGAGAGUUUUUAUGGUGUGGAAUUCGCCACCUUGGACGUAUGGUGUGCGGCACCAGCGGGGGCUUGAGAGUUUACUUUCUUGGCAUCGAGACGCCUGUGUUGUGGUGUUUUCGGAGACAAUCGAGCUUGAUUUUUUCAAGUACAGCCUUGUGAAUGAUGGUUAUAAAGUUGCUGUUGCCAUGCCAAAUCUUGACGAAUUGCUGAAGGAUACCCCGACCCACGUAUUUGCUUCUGUCUGGUUUGAAUGGAGAAAGACAAAGUUUUAUUGUACUCACUACAGUGAGCUUGUCCGUCUUGCUGCUCUCUACAAAUAUGGUGGAAUAUAUCUUGAUUCUGAUAUCAUAAUUUUGAAGCCGUUAUCUGUGCUUAAUAAUAUUGUUGGUAUGGAGGAUCAUCUUACUGGAAGUUCUUUGAAUGGUGCUGUGAUGGCAUUUAGGAAGCACAGCUCUUUCAUAAUGGAGUGCUUGAAAGAGUUCUAUAUGACUUAUGAUGAUACACGUUUGAGAUGGAAUGGGGCUGAUCUUUUGACAAGAGUUGCAAGAAAGUUUUUGAGUCUAGAGAAUACAUCCACUAAACAGCUGGAAUUGAAUGUGCAAGCUUCUUUCACUUUCUUCCCUAUCAGUUCUCUGCAUAUCACAAGAUAUUUUUCUACACCGGCAACUGAGACUGAGAAAGCUCAACAAGAUGCUUUGUUCAGGAAGAUUCUGAACGAGUCAUUGACUUUUCAUUUUUGGAACAGCUUGACAUCUGCACUCAUUCCAGAGACAGACAGCCUUGUAUCCAGGCUUAUUGAUCACCACUAUAUACAUUGUUUUGAUGUGUUGUGACCUUCACAUAAGACUACAUUUGUCUAAAUCAGGUCAAAAUAGAAUGCAGCAAAUAGCCUUAACUUAUCGAAGCAUCCAUUUCCUAGCCACUAGAGAAAUCUGAGAUUCUGGGGCUCUGGGUUGUAUCGGCCAUCGGAGUUUAGGUUGGUAACAUGAGGUGUAGCCAUAUUCGUGUACUUGUACAGUAUUAUUUGUAUGUUCAUUGUGCUGAAAACAUAGGUCUCUUACAAUGCCGAUACAAAAUCAAUCGUGUUUUUUAUAGGUCAGGGUAAAUUUUUAGUCUGAUUUGUUGCUGAGCAGGAUGUUUUUAUUUUAUUACUCAUCUUCGUCGGUCUUCUUGCCAAUGUAAUAUAUAAUCAAGUUAAAGAUGCA